AUGGUCGAUGGUUUCGGUGAACCCGGAAGCUCAAUGCACGGAGUAACCGGCCGAGAACAAAGCUAUGCGUUCUUCGUCGAGUCUCCGGCCGUACCUUCCGACACAUCAGCAAAAUUCUCUCUUCCAGUCGACACCGAACACAAAGCCAAAGUCUUCAAACUCUUAUCCUUUGAAGCUCCACAUAUGAGAACGUUCCACCUUGCUUGGAUCUCAUUCUUCACUUGCUUCAUCUCCACAUUUGCUGCAGCACCUCUUGUCCCCAUCAUUCGAGAUAACCUUAAUCUCACCAGACAAGAUGUCGGAAAUGCCGGUGUUGCUUCUGUCUCUGGCAGUAUCUUCUCUAGGCUUGUUAUGGGAGCCGUCUGCGAUCUCCUUGGGCCACGUUAUGGCUGUGCUUUCCUCGUCAUGCUCUCUGCUCCGACCGUCUUCUCCAUGUCUUUCGUUGCUGAUGCCGGCGGGUACAUAACGGUGAGGUUCAUGAUCGGAUUCUGCCUCGCAACCUUUGUGUCAUGUCAGUACUGGAUGAGCACAAUGUUCAACGGUCAGAUCAUAGGUUUGGUGAACGGGACAGCGGCCGGAUGGGGGAACAUGGGAGGUGGAGUCACGCAGCUACUCAUGCCGAUGGUCUAUGAGAUCAUUCGACGCUUGGGGUCUACGUCCUUCACAGCGUGGAGGAUGGCCUUUUUUGUCCCCGGGUGGAUGCACAUCAUCAUGGGUAUCUUGGUCUUGACUUUAGGACAAGACCUCCCAGAUGGUAAUAGAAGCACACUCGAGAAGAAAGGUGCUGUUACUAAAGACAAGUUCUCAAAGGUUUUAUGGUACGCGAUCACAAACUAUAGGACAUGGGUUUUCGUGCUGUUAUAUGGAUACUCCAUGGGAGUAGAGCUCACAACCGAUAACGUCAUCGCUGAGUACUUUUUCGACAGGUUCCAUCUCAAGCUUCACACGGCCGGUAUAAUCGCUGCAAGCUUUGGUAUGGCUAACUUUUUUGCUCGUCCUAUUGGUGGUUGGGCCUCAGACAUUGCGGCUAGACACUUCGGCAUGAGAGGCCGUCUUUGGACGUUAUGGAUCAUCCAAACCUUAGGCGGUGGUUUCUGCGUAUGGCUAGGCCGAGCCACGACCCUUCCAACAGCUGUUUUCUCCAUGAUCCUCUUCUCUCUCGGGGCUCAAGCCGCUUGUGGAGCCACCUUCGCCAUCAUACCUUUCAUCUCACGCCGCUCUUUAGGGAUCAUCUCUGGUCUUACUGGAGCUGGAGGAAACUUCGGCUCCGGUUUGACCCAGCUCGUGUUCUUCUCAACCUCAACGUUCACUACGGAGCAAGGACUGACGUGGAUGGGGGUGAUGAUUAUGGCGUGUACACUACCCGUUACUUUAGUGCAUUUCCCGCAAUGGGGAAGCAUGUUUUUGGCUUCCACGGAAGAUGCAGUGAAGUCUACGGAGGAGUAUUAUUAUUUGAAAGAGUGGACGGAGACGGAGAAGCAAAAAGGUAUGCAUGAAGGGAGUUUGAAGUUCGCCGUCAAUAGUAGAUCGGAGCGUGGAAGGCGCGUGGGGUCUGCAACAUCUCCUCCUAGUGGUACGCCGGAACACGUUUAA